AGCUGAACCGUCAAAACAUAAACAGAGCAGUCAACCUUGUGUGGACGCUGUUAGCUCAUCGUCUCAUCGCCAUUAUACAGAAAUAUUCAUGCACGCAUUCCCAAUGUUGUGUGUUUCCAGUCAGAGAAAGCCCAGUAUAGACACUUAGCUCAACUGCUAAGCAGCGAAGCAGCGCAAAUAAAUCUGCAGCAAAGAUUAGGACUAAACUAAGAAGACGUACGCCUCGUCGGGCCUUCGAAUAGAGGCUCUUCCUCGGGUCGACGGAGGACAAAGGGGACAGAAUGGCAGAGGCUGACGGCAAAUUGACUGCGCUUAACGGUGGAUCUGAUGAAAAGGAGCCAGGAGAAGAUCAGGACAAGGACGUAGAUGCCUCUGGCAGCAAAGAAGCAGAAACACAGUCUUCUCAAGAUGCUCCCAAAGAAACAGGGGAGGCAUCUGGAGACAAGCCUAUGCCAGACGCAGAAGGGGAGAUGUGCACAAAAAGAGAGGCAGGGGAGGAAGAGGAGGAGGAGGAAGAAGAAGAGGAAGACACAGACAGCAUGGAUGGCAGUGGCCUCUACUCCCUAACUGAAGAUGGUGAAAGAGAAAGUGAGGGAGGCAGGAGAGUGAAGGUAAAGGACACAGAUGGCAGCAAAAGGGCAGCGAGAAAGAGAAAUAGACCCGGCGGUGGCACAAACCACUCCUCCAGCUCAGACGAGGAUGACGAUGAGGAUGAAGAUGAUGAACAGAAAGAGGAUGAAGAUGAUGAUGAUGAUGAUGAUGAUGAUGAUGAGGCUAUGGAAGCAUGGCUGGGGGCGGAGCUCUGUGAUCUCCGCGGGCCUGUAUGGCGGGCGGUACCUUCACUGCGCUCCAGGGAGAUCGGCAAGGAAUCGCACCAGUUUGUGAAGCAGGUGUGUGGAGCCCGGGGCCUCGUGCAGAGGCUGGAGCUCCAGGGCCGCCUGGAGAAGCACACUGGCUGCGUCAACACAUUGCACUUCAACCCCUCGGGCACACGUCUGGCUUCAGGCAGUGACGACCUGAGAGUUGUGAUCUGGGACUGGGCUGUCCGACGUGCUGAGCUGGAGUUUGACAGCGGCCACAAGAGCAAUGUCUUUCAGGCAAAGUUCCUGCCCCACAGUGGAGACUCCACCUUGGCCAUGUGUGCUCGAGAUGGUCAGAUCAGAGUGGCCGAGCUUUCUGCCACGCAGCGCUGCAAGAACACCAAGCGGGUAGCACAACAUAAAGGGGCAGCACACAAGCUGGCCCUCGAGCCAGAUUCUCCCUGCUCCUUCCUGUCUGCUGGAGAAGACGCCGUGGUGUUUGGAAUUGACUUGCGCCUGGACCGCCCCGCAAAUAAACUGGUGGUUGUGAAGGAGGGCGAUAAAAAGGUUGGACUGUACACCAUCUAUGUCAACCCAGCAAAGACACACCACUUUGCUGUGGGUGGGAGAGAUCAGUAUGUGAGGAUCUAUGACCAGAGGAAGAUCAAUGAGAAUGACAACAAUGGUGUUUUAAAAAAGUUCUGCCCGUCACAUCUGGUGUCCAGCGAGUCCAAAACCAACAUAACCUGCCUUGUGUAUAGUCAUGAUGGCACAGAGCUCCUGGCCAGUUAUAACGACGAGGACAUCUACCUUUUUGACUCCAACCACAGCGAUGGAGCUGACUAUCGCAAGAGAUAUAAGGGACACCGCAACAAUGCCACAGUGAAGGGAGUGAACUUCUAUGGACCAUGCAGUGAAUUUGUGGUCAGUGGCAGCGACUGCGGACACAUCUACCUGUGGGACAAGAAUUCUGCACGUAUCGUUCAGUUUAUGGAGGGAGACAGAGGAGGAGUGGUGAACUGUCUGGAGCCUCAUCCUCAUCUGCCUGGUAUGGCCACCAGUGGACUGGACCAUGACAUCAAGCUGUGGGCCCCCACUGCUGAAAGUCCCACAGGACUCAAGGGGCUUAAAGAGGUGAUGAAAAAAAACAAGCGAGAGCGCGAUGAGGACAGCGUGCGCCACGGCGACCAGUACGACACUCAGCUGUUGUGGUUCCUAAUGAGACACAUGAGGAACAGGCGGCCCAUGAGGGCUCGUCGUGAGGGUGCAGACCCGGACUCGGAUGAGUCCUGGAGCUCUCCAGAUUCUUCUGACGAAGAGGAAGGAGGUCCAGACCACGUCCAGUGCAUGUCCUCCUGAGCCAGACAUAUACACACACACACACACACAAGCACUAGGGCUGUUGCUUUUUUACAUGAAUAUCAGAAAUCUGGUCAAACUUGGGAGGGACAGUUCAAACCUGACGCUCUGACUGUCUGGAGUAAUUUCUGUGUCAUCCAGCAGAAGGCGCUGUGAACACAUCUUGCCCAUAAGUAAGACGGUGAUGUUGUGUUGUUCUGCCGUGAAAAUGGAGGACACACCAGUGAGCUAAACCGAAGUAACAUGCAAAUCCAUGGACUCAGCUGUUAGCUUAGCAGCUAGCGCUAACCGAAUCAGCAGAGGAGGAGGAGCCAUCCCAGACAAGUUCAGCCUCACAGGGGUGGGUUCUCCGUGUUGUGUAAUAUAAUAUUUGUUAAAUCCAGAUUUUUGUGAAAAGUGACAGCCCUGAUGCACACACGCACACACACACACACACACACACACACACACACACUUUAUUGCCCUUGAAUUGAUGCACAUAGGCAAGCACUAUUGACACACUGGCACACUCAAACACUGAUGAGCCACAGACUUUGGGUGUUUUUUGUUGUUGUUUUUUUUCUUUCUUACAAAAUAGAGUCUCAUACAGACAAACAUGCAUUUACCUAAAUCUGCUGUUGAAGCAAAAUUACACAGGUGUGUGUACACACACACACACACACACACACUUCCAGAGGUAAUGUUUUUUAGGUUCAGUGAGUGUUUACGUCCCUGUAAACCACUCGGAGGCUCCAGUUUGUCCUUAUCCUUGUCCCACUACUCCAGUGUAUACUGAGGGUGUAGAGCAGCAACUCCACCUCCAACUUUACUCACCCUGUAGUAAGCUACUCACACGGACUGCUUAGAAAAACUGGACGCAAUCUUCCGAAGUUACAGUUUGCCACCAGGGGGCGACUCCACUGGAUCUCAGUUUCCGGUCUUUAUUAGCACAUGAUGUUAGUUUUGUAAAUGAUGUUCCCGUGUAGAGGGAAAUACUUGAUGAAGCACAGCACAUAUGAGCAGACACCAGUGUGAUUGAUAGCUGGUAUCGUCUGAUUAAGAGCCUGUGAACUUCCAGGUACAUUACAAAAAAAACAAAAACAAUUCACGGUUAAUUCACAAAUGUGGAGGCUUCUAAACGGGAGGUUACAUCCAUUUUUUCUGUUCAGUCUGUGUUACACAUCACCAGCACACGGCCCCUCCUCUCUAAGCUACACACCAACGAGGUUCAUCAGUGAGGAAGGACGUAGAAUCUCACCCUCAUCCCCGAAAUGUGACUUUAAUGUUUGAACUCUGAGAAAACACCCUCCCCCCCCCCCCCCCCACCCCGUCUCAGCCAUCCGCCAUAUUGAUUCUUGACCUUGGAGCUUGAGCCAGUGAGUUCCAUUAGAGGACGACUAAAACUCAGCGCCCCCGCCCCCCCACUACUGAGUGCACUUUGAAUCAGGGACGCUUUGGUUUGAGAUCCAGACAAAAACAUGCACUAAAGCCUGUCAUUUGUUUGUUUUUGAGGGGCAAAGAGCUUUUGUCUCGCUUUAGAAAAUCCACAAUGGAGUUUUUCUUGCAUUUUUAUAGGGAGGGGGAUUUUUUUGUUUUUUGCACUAUGGUAUUUCUUGAGUACGAAACAGGUUUAAUUUUUGCUUCCACCAGCCUCUCCUCCUCCUCCUCGUCCUCCUUCCUCGUGUCCACCCACCAACUCUCAAUCCUGAUGAACAGAGAAUCUUGACUUCAAGGAAGAAAUGGUUUUCAGCAUGUGCAUAAGAAAAUACAGACUUGAUUUUAGUUUUCUUCUUCUUUUUGAGAGCAGAGCUGACCUGGAUCAACUGAAACACGUCCUGUGAUACAGUUGAGACUGGAAUGAUCAUGGACUCCACUUGUUCUUGCAGUUCUGUUAAAAUAAAUAAUGUGUGCGAUGCUAAGUCACAUUUGAGGCAGGUUGGAUGUCUCUUCUGUCUCAUGCCGUGUCAACACGGGCGCAGAGAGGACGACGGGGGUCGGCAGGGGUCAAUAUGCUUGCCAGUCAUUUGUUGUGUGAGAGCGAUAAAGUCCAGCUUUUUCUCAUUUUCUAUGAGAACCCUAGUUAGUUGAAUUUAUAUGUACAUAUAUAAAUAUAUAUUAAAACUGUAAAAAAAAAAAACUUUAGCAAAUGCUGUUUGACUUCAAAGAAGAAAAACAGAUUGAAACAUUGAUUGGUAAUUGAUGCAGAGGUUUAUAUUCUAUAUGAGAACAAAGUACUUUUAAAUUCAAGAGGAAAAAAAAAAGACUUGAGGCUCCAUGUUUCCUUUUAUGAAUGACAUCCCUCUGUAAUGACCAGAAACACUGUCCUUUCAGGUGUUGAUUGAAGUUUAGAUUCUUUCUCAUGAGGAAAAAAAACAGUAUUUUCUUUCUAUACUUCAAUCCAUCGAUAGAGACAGUGAUAUUCAGAAUUUUUCCCACUGCUAUUUUUGGCAUCUUCUAUACAUACUGAAGCUUUUGAUGGAAAAAUCUUUCCACCACUGCCUAAAAUUGUAUUCUACCAGUUGAGUUGGAAAUGUGUACAAUUUGUGCAAUAAACAAAAAGACAGUGCUUCUGAUGUUGA